AUGGAAGUGUAUAAAUCAUACAUUAAUUCAAUUAUAAACAUUCCAAAUAUAGGAAGGGGGAAAUUGAAAUAUAUAGGCCAAGUAGAAAAUAAACAAGGAAUUUUUUGUGGUUUUGAUCUAUUGGGACCCAAUUUAGGUAAGAACGAUGGAAGUUUCAAUGGGAAAAAGUAUUUUGAUGUAGAAUACGUUAAAAGUGGCUUAUUUGUACAAUUUAUUAAAAUCCAGCCCUUACUGGAUCAACAGAACCAGCAUUAUAGUCUUAAUAAUAACAGUGUAAAUAGGGGAUUCUCCACACCAAACAGAAAUAGCAAUGGCGCUAAUCCAACUACCACAAGCAGUAGCAGGUCGAGUAGUGUAAUUAAAACCAGCAAUAUUAAUAACAUUGGUAAUAAUAACAAUAAUCCUACUGUCCCUUCCUUUGAUGAAAAAUAUUAUCAAAAUGAAAUUCUAAAAUAUCAAACUUUGUUAAAUGAUCAAAGUGUCAUAUUAGAGGAGAUUCAACCUUGCAUAGAUCAAUAUGAGAAAAGAUUAACCGAAUUGGAAACCGAAAAUAAAUUAUUAAAGGAAACUUUAGCUUCGGAGAGAAGUAAUAGUAAAGAACAAAAGGAUAUGCUAGAAAAUGAGCAUGAACAAUUAAUGAGUCUAGUAGAUAGUUUGCAUGUACAGAUUAAAUCGAUUCAAGAAAGUCAAAUACAGAUACAAGAUAAAGAUGGAGACGAGGAUUUCAUGAAAUAUAAACAAGAGCAGGAACUUUAUAAAAAAAAAUGGGAAAAGGAAAGAGAUUCUUUACAAAUGCACAUUAAUUCCUUGAAUACAGAAUAUACCAAUUUGAAUAAAGAACUAUUGGAAAACGAACAAAAGUAUAAAGCAGAGAUUGAAGAUUUAACCAAAAAGUUAAAUAGUUUGAACAGUGGUAACAAACAUAAUUCUAACAGUACAAAUGUCGACACAACAGAGGUAUCGAAUACUAAAUACAUAGAUACAGUUGAAAACAUUCAAAAUAUGAACAAACACGAAAAACAAUACAAUACUGCUUCCACCGCAAUAAUACAAUCACCCUUCCCCAAAACACCAAUAACUUCAACAAAUAACAACAAGAAAGAUCUUCCCACCGCUUCUGUAAGCGAUAGACCUAUGUGGUGCGCUUUAUGUGAAAGAACUGGUCAUGAAAGUAUAGAUUGUCCCUUCGAAUAA